GGAUGCUCUCAGGCAGACAGACGAUGUUGAGGCGGCUUAUUCGAAGCAAGAAGCAAUCCAUGGAUAUUGCUAUUGAAUUCCUUUGCAUCCUGCUGAGCUUACCACUGCGCAUUGUGCUCUUUGUGCUGCACGUUUACCUGCUGAAUGUGGUUGGUCUACUGCAAUUGUAUAGACUCCUGCUCAAGAUGCUGAUGGAAUUGCUGGCUUCGGCCGAGCGACACCUAAGGUCAUCAAAUCAUUCCAGGAAUAGAAUUGAAUACCGUGUACGGCUGCUCGGACCAAUGUUGCGGCAUUUUCAAAUGCUAAUAAUACUGCAGUUGGUGCUGCUCGGUCAGCAAACUCGCAUUAUGUUAAGCUUUUCUCGACUACUGCGGCAUUGGUCAAAGACACGCACCUGGAUAAUCAAGCGUUAGGACUACAAAUUAUCCAGUGAGUGAGUGAGUCAGUGAGUGCAAUAAAGGCUGCCAGCUCAUGAAAUUUAA